UUCUGAUGAUGAGGGGAGCAAGCUGAGAUCUGAAAUCUGAGAUCUUUCACAGAAUCACCACUUGGUGAGGUCUCAGUAAAAGCUGCCUGUCUGUUUUCCCUUCCUCGAGCACAUUCUUGCACCCGGCGGCCUGAGCAGCAUGGAGCCAGCUCCCUGGACCCACCUAGGGCUCGCAGUCCUCUUGCAGCUCUUGUUCAUUUCCUGCUUGCCAAGAGCUUAUACAGUGAUCAAUGAAAAUUGUCCAGGUGCCGAAUGGAAUAUCAUGUGUCGGGAGUGUUGUGAGUAUGAUCAGAUAAGGUGUGUGUGUCCUGGGCGAAAAGAAGUGGUAGGUUACACCAUUCCCUGCUGCAGGAAUGAGGACAAUGAGUGUGACUCCUGUCUAAUCCACCCAGGCUGUAUGAUUUUUGAAAACUGCAAGUCCUGUCGCAAUGGAUCCUGGGGAGGAACUCUAGACAACUUCUACGUCAAGGGCAUCUAUUGUGCAGAGUGUAGAGCAGGCUGGUAUGGAGGGGACUGCAUGAGAUGUGGACAGGUUCUCCAGGCUUCCAAGGGUCAAAUACUGUUGGAAAGUUAUCCAUUGAAUGCCCGCUGCGAGUGGACUAUACAUGCUAAACCUGGAUUUGUUACCGAGUUAAGGUUUGCCAUGCUGAGCCUGGAGUUUGACUACAUGUGCCAGUAUGAUUACGUGGAGGUCCGAGAUGGGGACAGCAUUGAUAGCAGGAUAAUUAAGCGUUUCUGUGGGAAUGACAGGCCUCCCCCAAUCCGAAGCACAGGGUCUUCACUCCAUGUUCUUUUCCAUUCAGAUGGUUCCAAGAACUUUGAUGGAUUUCAUGCCAUAUUUGAAGAGAUUACAGCUUGUUCUUCCUCUCCGUGUCUGUUUGAUGGAACGUGCACUCUAGAUAAAAUUGGUGGCUACAAGUGUGCAUGCCUUGCUGGCUAUACUGGGAACCGCUGUGAAAGCUUGGUGAUGUGUAGGACUCCAGGUGCUCCUGCUCAUGGUUUUGUGGAAGGAGAUGACUUUAAAUACGGGUCCCAGGUUUACUUCAAAUGCCACGCAGGUUAUACCCUAAAAGGCAGCCGUGUUGCCUAUUGUCAGCUAGAUGGGAGCUGGUCAAAACAUCAUCCUGGAUGCGUCAUAGAAGAUAGAAACUGCUCAGAUCCUGGUGCUCCACUCAAUGGGUACAGGAAAAUGAUGGAAGAUACUGCACUGAUGAAUGGUCGUUAUGCAAAAAUUGGAACAGUCCUCACAUUCUUUUGCAAUAACUCCUAUAUUCUCAGUGGCAAUGAGCAAAGGACCUGCCAAGAGAAUGGUGAAUGGUCAGGAAAACAGCCAAUCUGCAUAAAAGCUUGCAGAGAGCCAAAGAUCUCUGAUCUGGUGAGACGGAAAGUACUCCCAAUGCAGGUUCAGUCAAGAGAAACUCCCUUGCAUCGGCUCUAUUCAUCUACAUUUAACAAGCAGAAGCUGGAUGUAUAUCCAACCAAAAAACCAUCACUACCAUUUGGAGAACUACCUCCAGGCUUCCAGCAUCUUCACACACAGCUUCAGUAUGAUUGCAUUUCUCCCUUCUAUCGUCGUCUGGGAAGCAGUCGGAGAACCUGUCUGAAAACGGGAAAAUGGAGCGGGAGGGCCCCUUCAUGCAUUCCAAUCUGUGGAAAGGCAGAAAAUACCACUCUUCAAAAAUCGUCCACAAUCAGAUGGCCAUGGCAAGCAGCCAUUUAUAGGAGACCCAAUGGGGUGAAGGGUCCCAGUCACAGAAAAGGUGCAUGGAUAUUAAUUUGCAGUGGGGCCCUUCUGAAUGAACGUACAGUCAUUGUGGCAGCUCACUGUGUCACCAAUCUGGGGAAAGUCACUGUUCUUAAAACGGCAGACAUUAAAGUCAUUCUUGGCAAGUUCUACAGAGAUGAUGAUAGAGAUGAGAAGACCAUACAGAACUUACGGAUUUCAGCCAUUAUAGUUCACCCUAACUAUGACCCUAUCUUGCUCGAUUCUGACAUUGCUAUCGUUAAACUCCUGGACAAAGCAAAAAUCAGCAGCCGCGUUCAGCCCGUAUGCCUGGCAUCAACACGCGAUAUUGAUCCACCUGCAGACGACUUGCAAAUAAUGAUAACGGGGUGGAAGAUCCUGACAGAAGUUGCAGAUCCAAGCUACAAGAAUGACACAAUCCGUAUGGGGACUGUUCAGAUAGUCGACUCCCUGCUCUGUGAGCAGCAGUAUGAAGAAAAUGGAAUCCAGGUCAGCGUCACCGAGAGUAUGUUUUGUGCCAGGCAGCACCCCACUGCCUUUUCAAACAUCUGCCCUGCUGAGACUGGAGGGAUUGCAGCCAUACCUUUGCCAGGAAAAUCAUCUCCUGAGUUAACCUGGCAUCUCAUGGGGUUAGUGAGCUGGGGGUAUGAUAAAACAUGCAGCCUAGAACUCUACACCGCCUACACCCGAGCAAUCCCUUUCAAAGACUGGAUUGAGAAGAACAUGAAAUGAAACUCUUGCCCCCCCUGCUCCUCCCACAUUUUAUUUUAAAUGUUAAAUAUAUUCAUUUCUCUCUCAGUCUCUGAUGCUUUAGGUUUGUCAUCCCAUGGAUGGAACGUUUCUGGGGUAAAGCUAAAGCAGGGGCCUCAGUGAUUUGCCAUAGACUCUAGGUAUCCACAAGGCCAAUUCAACUGUGCCAGAGGCUCUGAGUGCAGCGGAUGGGUCAGCAUGUCUCAGCUGCCCCCUUUUCUCCUAGUGGGAGUAGGUGCAUGGAGCAUAGGUUGUGGUACGAUGACCGGAAGUAGUGGUAUUCACUCUGUAUUUAACAAUCGUCUGGAUGAAACAAUUGAAAUUAAAUUUCAUCCUAGUUUGAGAUAGUGAGGAGGCUGGAAAGAGAUAAUUAAGAGGUUGGAUGAAUUUGUUGUGGUCACACUAACUACCGAUAUUGCCAUAUUUUAUGUUGUAUUCUUUUUCCUCUUGAGUACUUUACACAUUAAAAUAAACAAAGGUUUGUUUUUAACCUGAAA